AUGAACAGCAGUCCAGCACGAACUACUAUUCUUCGAACACAACCUAGUGAGAAUCAGGACCAUUUGCACAAUCUUUGUGCAAAAAAAGAUUUCGAUGAUCUAAGAGAUGAACUAAUUGAGGAACUAAGCACUCGACUCGAAAUAAGAAAAUUAAAAGAAUAUCGUCAAAUGGGGAUAAUGACACUAAAAGAAGCAGAUAAGUAUGAAAAAGCAAAGGCGCAAAAGGAAGCAGAUCGAGAGCUAGCCGCUCGACCACAUAACGGUCAUAUUAUUCCAAUAUCAUACAAUAGUGAUCGUCUGGCAGUAAGAUAUAUUAAUUCCAAGUUAAAUGAACAACACUCACCAUCAUCAUCACCUUACGGUAACAAAACACUUCCAGCAGCGGCAUCACCAGUUAUCAGACUAAACGUGCGAAAGCAACCACAAGCAUUAGAUCUUAACGAUGAAGAAGGAGUACAUCUACUAUCUGAGGCUGAACGAAAACUUUACGGAUAUUCCCAAAAUCUUGGUGAUUAA